AUGCCCCCAUAUAGAAUGGAUAGAAAAUCUGCUAGAAUAAAAGCAGAGUUGCAAAGAUAUGGUUGGAGAGUUUCGAAGAAUUUUAAAUAUAGGAAGGGAAGACCCAUAAAAGUCUAUGACAAACUGUCUGGUCUGACCUACGAAAUGGACAUAAAAACAGCGCGCGCCAAUUAUCCAAACAGACUAGAGAGAUUAGAAGAAGAGCGUCUUAUGAACUUGCCUUUCGAUGUUAGUGAGCCGCAGGUUGAAGGACACGACGGCUUUGCCAGGUUCUACUGGAAACAUAACGAACAGUUGCAUCCUUUGAGAAGGAAAAAAGGUAGUGCAGAGGAUGGUCAUGCUCCCAUGGAAAGAACAAGAUAUGCAUAUGAAAAGUAUCGUGAAGUUAGAAGUCAAAUUACAUCUGGUCGAACCUUUACAGUAAACUUUGACGAAGGAAAGAACAAAGAAGGCUUCAUGGGUGUACUUGCUGCCAUACAAGACGGAAAUAAGAAAGGAUACAAUCUCAGACUAACCAUAACAGAUUUAGAUGGUCAUAUAUACUAUGCCCAUGGCAAUGUCACAACAGCCGCACAACUUCUUGACGCUUUCAAGACUACAAAGAGAGAACAAAUGUUUGACUCCGACUCAGAUAUUUUGAAUGCAAUUGAAGGAAUUGCAAGCGUAAAGUUUGAAUGGUACCAACCUAACCCUCAAGCAGUCAGACAACAUGCUGGAUACUUCCCCUUCAUAAAUAAGUCUGACAUUGACUUGACAAGGUAUGGAAUUUACAAUUCAAUUGAAACAAUUGUCAAUGAACCUUGCAUUCUUACAUGUCUCAGGAACUCUGGUCUUGUUACAGAAGAGAAAAUGAAGUAUCUUGAGUCAUGUGUGAAGACAAGGUACAUGCUCAGAGGUCAAUUGGCAAAAAUUGCACCGUUGGCAAAUGUCAAUAUCCGAGUCAACAUACCUACAGCUAAAGGUUCUUCACAUGACGACUAUGUUGUUGACAAAGACUUACCAUGGUUGAAGAUUGCAAUUGUCCACAACCACUU